CCCACAGCCAUCUUCUAGCAAAGGGCAGUGCUUGGGCUGGGGGGAGGAGCAGCCUGGUAGGUUCGCGGGCACCGAGGGCGGCCCAGCUCCGAGCCCUGCGGCUUUCGCCCGCCGGAGCGAGAGCCGGCUGUAGGCGGCUCCUUCCUGUGCAAACUUUUCUGUCCUCUUCCUCCUCCAGCCCGCCCCACGAGCUUCUCGGCGCCCAGCGUCCAGGCUCCCCGCCCUUGGCGCUGCCUCGGGGUCGCCGCGCCCCGCAGCGCAGCCCUCGGCGCCGGCCCCACCCCGCGCUCCGGGCCGGCCGCCGCCUGAAGCCGAUGGCCGAGGCGGGCAGACGCUCCGUGGAGCCCCUGGGCGGGCCCCGCGGGCCGGCAGCGGCCGAGGCCCCCGAGCCCCAGGAUCCCGCCCCGCAGCCGGCGACGGCCCUGCGCAGGCUGCCCGGGGACCCGAGCCCCCGCGGCCGCUCCCAGAGCGACCUGUCGUCGUGCUCCAGCAGGGGCCGCCCGCUCCGGGUCCACAUCUCCGGCUCAGUUGAUGGACUGGACAAAGCUUCUCUAGCAAAUUCAGAUGGCCCAACAGCAGGCUCACAAACACCUCCCUUCAAGAGAAAGGGGAAACUCUCCACCAUCGGUAAAAUCUUUAAACCUUGGAAAUGGAGGAAAAAGAAGACCAGUGACAAAUUUAGAGAAACCUCAGCAGUAUUAGAAAGGAAGAUAUCCACAAGACAAAGUAGAGAGGAGCUGAUAAGAAGGGGCGUUCUUAAGGAGUUGCCUGAUCAAGAUGGAGAUGUAACAGUUAACUUUGAAAAUUCAAACGGGCACAUGAUACCCAUCGGAGAGGAAUCUACCCGAGAGGAAAAUAGAGUAAAAUCUGAAGAAGGUAAUGGCUCUGUAGCUGAAAAGGCGCCACCUCUGGAGGAAAAGGCAGAAGAUAAGAAAGAGAACACUGAAAACCACUCUGAAACACCGGCAGCUCCUGUUCCAUCUCCUCCAGCUCUUCCUAAGCCUAAACCCAAACCUAAGCCCAAAAAAACACCUGUGCCUCCAAAAGGGGCUGCCGCCGGGGUCAGCCCCAAGGGUGACGAAGUGCCUCCUAUUAAAAAAAUUACCAAGGCGCCCGGUAAGCAGGCCCCCAUCCCUCCACCCAAGCCAACAAGCCGAAACACGACCCGAGAGGCUGCUGGUUCCUCUCAUUCAAAAAAAACAACUGGGUCCAAAGCAUCAGCUUCACCAUCUACUUCCUCCACCUCGUCUCGUCCCAAAGCUUCAAAGGAGACACUUUCUAGCAAAACAGGGACAGUGGGAAUCACAAAGGGCAAGAAAAAAACUGGCAAGCAGCCAACCUCUCGAUUGUCCUCGGAUGCAACCACGUCUGGCAUGUCCGAUCUUAAAGGAGAACCUUCUGAGAUGAGGGUGGAGAGUCUCAAACCUGAGCAGACUGUCCCCGGGACCGAGGAGCAGACCACAGGCAAAUCUAAGUCUGCAGUCCCCCCACCUCCUGUGGCUCCACCACCUUCUCCCCCCGCCCCUCCUCUUCCUCAUGAGGAGCCGUGCACUGUUGCCUCAGACACUCCUGUUGUCCUGGUCAGUGAUGGAGCUGACGUGCCCGUCCCUGCCUUAGACCCAAGUCAGCUUCUCUGGACCGAAGAGCCCACCAACAGAACCACUGUCUUCUCAGGCCCUGGCUUAAGUGUUAGCAGAGAAAAUGCAAAAUGUUUUACAACCAAAGAUGAGCCGGGAAAGGUAGCCCCUCAGCUGCUGACUCCUGGGCUGUUGGGAGAAUCUUCAGAAUCCUUCAGUGCCCCUGAGGACGAAGGCCAAAGGGAGUACCAGACCAAUGACUCAGACUCUGAUGGGCCUGUCUUGUACACUGAUGACGACGACGAUGAUGAAGAGGAUGAGGACGAGGACGGCAGUGGAGAAAGUGCUUUGGCAAGUAAAAUACGACGGAGGGAUACUCUUGCUAUCAAACUUGGCAACAGACCGUCAAAAAAGGAACUAGAGGACAAAAACAUCUUGCAGCGAACAUCUGAAGAGGAGCGGCAAGAGAUCCGACAGCAGAUUGGAACCAAGCUCGUCAGGAGGCUUAGCCAGAGGCCCACAACUGAAGAGUUAGAACAAAGAAAUAUCCUAAAACAAAAGAAUGAAGAAGAAGAACAAGAAGCAAAAAUGGAACUUAAGCGCAGACUCAGCAGAAAGCUCAGCCUGAGACCCACAGUGGCAGAGCUACAAGCUCGAAGGAUCCUGCGGUUUAAUGAGUAUGUAGAAGUCACCGAUUCUCCCGACUACGAUCGCCGGGCAGACAAGCCCUGGGCCAGGUUAACACCUGCAGACAAGGCAGCAAUAAGGAAAGAACUAAAUGAAUUUAAAAGCACAGAAAUGGAAGUUCAUGAAGAGAGUCGACAGUUUACAAGGUUUCACCGUCCAUAGCGAAGUGUGAGACUCUUUGGAAACAUGGACUGAUCAUCUUUGGGGGAAGCCUCUCUUCCUGAAAACCUGAUAUUGCACUGGGAUUUGAAUGUGUGUGUUUCCGUUUAACUGGUGAAGGAAGUGUAUGGGAAGUGCUCCCCGCCUGCAUGGCCCAGGUGGGGCCAACAAGCAAUGGGAGGGGUGCAGUGCCUCUGCUGUCCAGCAUGUGUAUUGAUGGUAAGCAACACCAUGGUCACACCAGUUAUCCUCCAUCAGGAGUUUUAAUCAAAGAAGACGAGCAGAAGACAAUCGCUGGCUCCCUGUUACCAGAAAGCCAAAUUGUAGAGUACGGGUUAAAGAGAAAUCGGGGCCUGGAGCUGCUGGGCACGGGAAAGGGGUGGGGGUGGAAAAUCAGAAAAAAAGAGAAAUAUUUCAUUAUGUUAAUGAAGAAAAGAGAAAAUCGAAGCAAAAAUAUUUUUUUGAAGUAGGCUUUUGGUAGCUGAGAACUUACUAAGAUAUGGGAAUCUAAUCACCUAAUGUGGAUUCCUUUUAAAGACCUGAUCCUAGAAGAAUAUUCUUGUUCCACCGUUAUGUUGGCGCAGUAUAGUACCAUUAUUUUGCGUUGUGCCAGUGAAUCCAAUUGCCAGAAAUAAGUCUGAGUGUUUUCAUGAAUCUUUUUCUUAAAUGCAAGAGACUUUUAUUGACUCUUAACAAGCAUGCCUGUCCAAAUUUUGUUGCAUGUUUUAAGUAGCAUAGCUAUACACACUUUUUUUUUAUACUCCUUAUCUAAUGUACCAAACUUCUACAAGGAUAACAGGACUGGGAAUAAAGUCAGAUGAAUGUGAUCGUAUAAAUCUGUAGGAAGCUUUAGAAAUAAAUCUUUUGGUCUUUCCCUAGCUUGAUUAUCUUCAAAAUUGAAGCAACCAUACUUGAUCUAAGGAAGAUAAUAUUGACAAUCACAGCACGUUUUUUAAAAAUCUGAGUCCAAAGUUAAAACUUAAGCAAAUGCAAGUGUUCUGCCAGCAGUUAGUUCUGAAUGGGCAUGGAAAGGACUACUUAUUUUCAGAGCUGCAUUAAGUUAGAUUGCUGCUAUUAAAAAAAAUUAAGUAUGUGGAUCAAAAAAGUACCCGAAGGCUUAAAAGAACACAGAAAAUUCCUGCUAAGUUGCAAGUGAGGAGAACCUCAUUUUGUAUUUUAAGAGUGUGCAGAUUGCAUCCAUAAAUAUAGCAUUGACUUGCAAUGCAAAAGAAUGAGUGAGAUUAAAGGUUUCUCUGUGAAGGAAGGUUUCUCUGUGAGCCUAUAGUCAGUAUUGUUUACAUUAAGAAACCCUCAAUUGCCAUCUUGCUAUUUUCCCUGGAGUUGCAGGCAAACUUCUGCUCCCAAAUACAUAUGAUCAGAUGUAAAUACUACCUUGCAUUCAGUUGUUCUUUCAUGAUUGUUUUGUGCUCCUUUUAUUAAAAACACAUGAGACAUAUAAUAACAAGACAAGACUAGUAGACUUUAUUUUAUUCUCAGAGCUUGGGCUGGAAUUUUCUGAAGUGCUUCUGGUUCAUGAUAUGGAAGACUAAAUUGCAAUUUCAACCAAAAAAGCAAACAUUUACUCUGGUGGAUAACUUUGGAUCCUGUCAUUCAUUUAUAUUUUAUAGAACCACUAAAAUUGGGUGAUUUUGCUUAAAAAUAAAAGGCUUUAGAAAAAGCCAGGAACAUUUUAUAUCUAAGAAAAGUAAGCAGCAUUGUUAAACCUUUUGCUGUACUCAGCUCUGUGCAUAAUAAACCCAGAUUUUGUGCUGUUGCCAUUUCAUUACUAGUAUAAGAUGAAAAAAAUGUUCUGCAUGCCCAAGUGUCUUUCUCUGGCUCAAAGGUUUUGUACGUUUCAUAGUAUUUAAAUCCAACCAUGGACAUUAACUUUGUUCUAAUUUUUUGGCCGAAGCCAUCCUUUUCCUUAAUAUUAUAUUAUCAUUGUUGUGUCUUGGGAAAAAUUUCAAGGAAUGUAAUGUUACUUUAAUUUUCUAUACUUCAAGUCCUUAAAUGUUGUCCUAAUUUUUAAUCACGAGGCCUCUAUAAAAUGGUAAAUAUAAGACAUUAUCACUGUUUUAGCACUGAAGAUACAGGUCAUAGAAAGUCUCUACUUGGUGUAAAAGAAGCAGUUUUUUCCCACUCCUGGUGCAUGUGAUGCAGUUUUUAAUUCCCUACAAUGAAAUGCACCCCAGUACAAAGAUGAGAGUCUGGUCCCUCCAUAUGCUCUUUUGCUUAUAUGAUACGUCAGAUUUACGAACCACCCACACUUUAUACCAAUUGACACGUUUAGAGGAAAGUUUAUUAAAAGUCACAAAUAUUACCACUGCUAGUCUAAUAUUUAAAAAUUGGAACCACCAGUUACAUCAUUAGAAUGAUUCGAAUAGAGGAUUGUGAGCUAACCUGUAUUUUUCAGAAUAAGUCUCUGCAUUCAUAGCUAAUUUUAAAGGGUUUUUAUUUAUUUGACAGAGAUCGCAAGUAGGCAGAGGGGCACGCAGGGGUGGUGGGGGGGAGCAGGCUCCCCACUGAGCAGAGAGCCCAACGUGGAACUCUAUCCCAGGACCCUAGGAUCAUGGCCCGAGUGAAGGCAAGAGCCUUAACCCACUGAGCCACCCAGGCGCCCCUUCAUAGCUAAUUUUAAAAGGUAGAAACACUGCAUAUUCAGCAUCUCCAGCAACCUGUCCAAAGGUUUCUUACCUGGCGUCCCUAAAGAUGCGGACCACGCUCCAUCUAAUUAGGCCUCUGCCCAGUGCCAGCAUUUCCAGUAUCCAACCAAUAAGCUGCAAUUCUAUGAAAAAAGUGUGUGCGUGAAUUGGGCUGUUGUAACACAACACCAGCCUUUUCCCUAUUUAAAGUGAGACAUUAGGCUGACAUAGAGGAAGUGAGUGAGUUUUCCUGAAUCCCCAAGAUAGGAUUAGGGAAGAAAACAAACCCAUAUCCAGGAAGAUCUCAGGCAGGAAGGAACCAGACAGACUGUAAAACACAAAGUGGCCAUUUCUCUCUUUUUUUAAAUGGAGCAAAAGAACAUUAACAUUAAGCUGGUAAGAAGACGCCCUGGGCUUUACAGCAUCUUUGUGGGCUGAUGAAAUUAGUCCUCUGCAUUAAUUUAAGGCAACCCUGCCUGAUAAUUCCCUGUAUAUGUGAAAAGUCUUGCAUUUUUUAAUGUUUGGUAUAAUUUACCUUUACGUUAAAUCCUUAAAUUAUUUAAACUAAAUCUAUAAUAUUCAGAGAACCAUUUGGGGUAUUUGAGUAGCUGUUUUUUAAAUGGAGGAAAAAGCAAACUCAUCUCUCUGAUUUUCCCAGAAAAACAGACUUUCUGAUUUCAUUUUCAUGUCCUUUAUUAGCAUAAUGAUUGUAGUCAUGGAUCUUUCUCUAAUGUUAGUAAAUAUGUUCUGUUAGAAAGUUUUGAAAUGUAAGUGAAAAUCUAUUUUGGCCAGGAAAGGAAUCAAAAACACCCUUCAAAAAUCAUCAGAUACUGAAAAUAAGAGAUAAUUUCUUAAAACCCAUAAUUUGGGUUUCACAUCCUACAACAAUUCUGUGCUACCUUGGGACUUCGAAAAAAUCUGAUAGCUUACAAUUAAAAGAGAAAAAACUCUGCAUUAACACUGCAUAUCCUGAUUUAUGUACCACAUCUUAAGAUGUAAUAGGCAUUGUAUUUAUAUUCAAUAGUCAGACAGACACAACUUUCAAAAAUGAUACUGUGUUCACAAUAGAAAAAGACAGUCACGCCUACCACAUAGUAGCACGUACAUAUUUAAAGAGUGAAAGCUGUCUUUUCUCCUUUUUGCUCAAAAAUUUAUUCAGUUUAUUAUUUUUUAAGUGGUCCCAGCAGCACAUUAAACACAGUGAGAAGUUUUCCUCAAAAUAGGUGUGAUGGAAGAUACGUACAUUUACGUCAUUUCAUCAGUACAAUAGCUGCAGCAUUCCUAAAUUCCAGUCCUGUUAUUAUCCCUAACCUUACUAGUGAAAGUACAUCAUUGGAGACAAGAACUAAUUUCUUCACAUCAUCAGAGUAUGAUGAGAGCAGUAAGGAACCACUAAGAUGUAAUUUAUUUACAGAGUUGUCCUUUGGCUUCUGGAAAUAGGUUAUGUGCCACUAUUGAGUAUUUGCUGUUCUCUUACUGGCAGGCUAUAUCACAUUAUUUUGCUUGGCAAAGCAGAAUGAACUUCUGGAACUAAAAUAUGUCCGAGAGGGGAAUGUAAUGGCAAAAGUCACCAUCAAAUUAAUGGAACCAUGUUUCUGAAAGAAAGCUCAUCUUUAGGUAGCUCAAAUCCAAGUUUCAAAGAGCAGCAUGAGGAACUACUAUAAUUUGGCAGAGACCAAAGGAUGGUGGGGACAAAGGUAGAAUAUUCCCAAACCAGUUGUCAUUUUCACUUUCCCCUUAUUUUUGGUAAUAACUAAACUUAAGUUCUGUAUGAAAAUGGGAAUCACCAUUCGCAUACCUGGAAAACAAUGGAAGCAGAGUUCACAAGGCCAUUCCAGAUUAAGAAAUCCCACAACAUAUCCUGUAAGAUUUUUGGCAAAAAUAAAAUAUAAAAUAAAAUAAAAUAAAAUAAAUAAGAAUCCUAUGGCAGCAAUUCUCACCAAAGGCCAGCCUUAUAGGCAGGGGUCAUUUUUAGCCAUACUAGGAUUUACUGUGCAAAAAAUGUCAUUUAGCCUGUCACAUUGCUGCCACAAACUGCACCUAUGAGCAUGGCACUGUUGAUCAGUGUUUCUCAGUGGGGUGUCAUUGGCCUUUAGAGCUGGGCAAUUCUUUGUUUACAGAAAUGUUCCCUACAUUGCAAUAUGUUUUAUAUCUUAAGCCCCUGCUGACUAAAUGCCAAGAGCAUGCCCAGUCCCUGUAAAAAUCAAAAGUCAAAAACGCUCCCCCGUGUUCCAAGGCCCUCUAAGGCAGUACCACCUCCCUUCAGUACCACUGUCUACUGCAAUUUGAGGACAUGCAGGGAAAAGUACCUAUUUCAAAACCUCGUCUGGGCUGCCUUCCAUUACUUUGGGCCUGAUAGUUUCCUCCCCUUUAUUUUUCAAGCCUUCUGCUCCAGUGAAGCUUUAACUUGCCAGCUCUUCAGGGAGGAGGUUGCUGGGUGGCCUUGGCAGUUUUCAUGGGCAGAGUCACUUGGCUAGCCCCUGUAUGUAGUUACAGGAGAAAUUUCAAAUGAAGCAAACUAUUUUUUUCUGUUUUGGCCUCACAGUCUUACCUGAGGACUACAUUGUUGGUCACCAUCUUUGUCAGUGUCUUGAGGAUUAUUAACAUGGCUUAAUCCCAAAUACAGCUACCAAUCCACAUGAACAAAACUGAUGGUCCGUGAAAAUCCCCAUUAAAUUUUACCAGUAAGAGGCAUCCCUGGAGUUACAAAGCAAUCCCCUGUUUACCCUGUUAAAGAAGCAUUUAAUCCACAGGCACAUGCUUGAAUUCUCCCCUGUAUAAUGAUAGUCAUGCAGUUCAACUUUUCUAAAAUGUGUCAGUACUGAAUUAUGAAGGAAGCGUGGAUUACCUGGAUUGCACGCAUAUCGUUCAUACUUCUGUGAUGGUCAUGCACAAUUCAAGAUGACUUCACCUCGUUGAAACAUUACUGAGCUAUGCUAACGAUACAUAAGCAUAUUCUCUGUUGCUUCUUCUUACCGAAACUGAAUGGUUAAAUAUGUCUUCAAAUGAUUUGGAUCUAUUGUGGCUAAUCGAAUGGAAGAAUUUAGCCACUAUAAAUUUUCUGAGUAUUAAAAUUUCCAACUAUCUUUUUCCAGACAGAACAACUCAAGAGUUGAUAAAGGAGGUUAUAUAGGGAAUUUUUAGAUGGUGCUUAAGAAUUCUUAUCUUGUUAAAUACCAGUAUUUUUUUUUCUUGUUAAGAAUAACUUAAAGGGAGUAAAUGAGGCGGAAUGCCACUCUACCCUCAGGUCAAUUUCAUGGUAUGUUAAAAUGCCAAUAAUAUUUGUGCCACUUGCCAAUUUGGGGGGCUCCUCCCUUACCGGAUGCUUUUGUUAUAGUUUGUAUCAUUACACUGCUUAGAGAGCCUUCA